AUACUAAGUGGAUAAUCAUGUCAUACUUGGCACCAACCUAUACAAUUGGAGGGCAAGGAGGAAGUGAAUUUUAUUUUGAUGGUAUUACAAAUGGAGCCACACUAAAACAGAUCUGGGUGUGGGCCGGUGGCUGGCAGAUAAAAGCCAUCAAGGUUUGGCUAACUGAUGGCCGGUCCAUGCAGUUUGGUGAACCUGGAGGGAUGCUUUCACAGUUUGAAUUCCAAGAUGGAGAACAUUUCUCCUCCCUUUCACUUUGGGGAAAUGGAGCUGGAUCACGUCUGGGUGCCAUCAAAAUCAAGACAAAUAAGUCCAGAGAGUUCUUUCCAAAAAUGACAGACUGGGGGCUGAAAACAGAAUAUCCAAUUGAUGUGGGUUCUGGGAUCUGCAUGGGAAUCGGUGGUCGUGCUGGUGCAGAUAUUGAUUGCCUAUGCUUUAAAUUCAUCAACACCAUCAAGUCUACCAAGUUAACAAAUGUUUAUUAUCCCACACUUCACAGUUUGUUACCUAAUGUGGCUGUUGAGGAAAUCAAAUCCAUGACGUAUCAUAAUAAUACUACUGAAGCUCAAGAAUAUAAAAUUGAAAGCUCCAAAACAAUCACCAAAAAGUCAUCCUGGUCUGUUACCAACAAGCUGGAAACCUCAUUUAAUAUGGAAGUGAAGGCAGGAGUUCCAGGGCUUGUGGAAAUUUCAGCUGGAUUCAGUCUCACAGUGGGAACCGAGAGCUCGUAUGGUUUAGAGAACACUGAGGAGAAAACUGAGCUGUUCUCAUUUCCUGUUAAAGUUCCUCCAGGGAAAACCAUAGAUGUGGACAUCACGAUUGGCCGAGCUUCAUUUGAUCUCCCCUACACUGGAACAGUCCAGGUUACCUGCUACAAUGGCAGUGUGCUGGAGUUUAAAACCAGUGGAACCUACAAAGGUGUCACUUACACUGAUGCAAAAAUUACAGUGAUAGAAUCAGAAAAAAACAUGUAAAUUCUGUAUCAUCUGAAAGAGCUUGGCACAGAUACAAAUCUUUAGAUUAGCAAAUGAAUAGAACAAAUCUCAGUAUUUUGUAAAGAUAUGGUAGGAUUGUAGCUGCAACCUACUUCAUUUAGAAAAGCCUAAAGCUAGUCCAUGGAGAUCUUGUUCAUAAGUAUAACAACAGAUAAUUCAUAUUAAUACACAACUAUUAUGUAUAAGACAUGUAAUACAUUUAAUUUUAAAGAAGCCAAGUACCAAAGUACCUUACUAAGGUACUUAAUUCCAAGGUACAUAUGAUAAGAUAAGGAUAAACCGCAAGAUGUGAUCUACUAUAAAUAUAAUAAACAUUAUUUUGAUCAAUCAAACCAAAGAACUGAUAUCAGCUACAGUAUGUAUCACUCUAACUAACUAACUAACUAACUAACUAACUAACUAUAAUUCUAAUCAAUUGUGAACACUAAAAUGACACUGAAAAACCAGUUAACAUUAAAUCUGAGCUGUGAAGACUGCAGUUUGGAUGAUUUAUGGUUUUUAUCAAGACUAACUGGAUGGACCUGUGACCCAGAGCUGACUACACAUGUAUAACAAGGAUACAAAGGAAUCGACUGAAAAAGAGUCUGCUACGCCUCUGUGCUACUGCGCUGUCUUAACUCAUACCUUCAACUUACAGUAUUCUCUACCAUUGUACUUUUCAUUAAUUUUAGUAUAAGCGUUUUGUAUUAUGGAAAUUAAUUUCAUUCCAUACCCAUAUCAAUAUGCUUAUCAUUUAUCUAUGAGUUAUUGCUUUAGUAUCUUUAUAUAAUCCUCCACAUUUAAUUGUGUUACCAGAAGUGUAUAUCUGCUUCUGUGUGUGAUUUAGUGAUGCUGAGAUAGAAAGCAGGGAGAUGUCUUUGAGGACCAGAACUAAGGCAAAGAGGGAGACUCUCUCUAUCAGGACUGAUUUAAGACACCUGAUGUAAAGUUGACCGUAUUACCUUUCCUGAUAAUUAUGUAACCAUAUAUAAUAAUUCAUGUUUAUUUUUCUUUGUUUAACAAAUAUACAUGAAGUUCUUUGUUUACCUGUAAUCAAUAACACUAGC